AUGAACAACCCAAGCAGUGAUGGACAAAAACAACUACCAGAACAAGAGGAAGCAAUAAAAGCAUUUUUUGAAAGAGAUUUGAAUCUUUUUGUUAGCUUGCUGACUGGAGCAGGGAAAUCUCUAAUAUUUCAGAGUUUGACGGUCGUGUUUGACUCGUUGUUUGGUAACCCUCGAGGAACAAGCGUUCUUGUUGUCAUAUCACCACUUAAAGCGUUGAUGAAAGACCAAGUGGAAUAUUUGCAGAAUCUUGGUAUACCAUCUGUGGCUGUCGUUGACGAGUUAUGUUCUGACCCAGACACCAUUCAGCAAGUUAAAAAUGGUGCUUAUACAGUCGUUUAUGGUUCCCCGGAAUGCUUCCUGUCAUCAGAGACGUGGAGAGAUAUAUUUUCAGACACGGAGUCCACGUCGAAAGUUGUGGCAAAAUGGUUUGGGUGUCUUGGAGAACUCCGAGCCUUAGUUCCAAAGAACACCAAGCUUGUAAUUGUAACUGCUACAGCAACAAAAGCCACCAAAGCUCAAAUACUAGAAAGUCUUGACAUUAAUGUGGAUCAACUGUAUACUGUUGAGCAGAACCCAAAUAGAAUGAAUUUAAUGUAUAUGCUCUCCUACAUGGAUAAGGAAAGUGGUCUUGAAGUGUCAGGAACUGAACUUCAAAGACUCAGUGCCAAACUGAAAGAACAAUAA